AUGAAGUCUCUCUAUUCCAAGCUCAGUUCUCUACUGCCCCAUCAAAAUUCUAGGGAAGCAUUGUCUCUACCGGAUCAACUUGGAGAAGCUGCGAAUUACAUUAAAAGUUUGCAGAUUAGUUUGGAGAAAAUCAAACAGAAGAGGGAUUGCUUGUCUGGCGUGGGAAAGUGCAGUAGUUCAACAAGGGGAGGGCUGAAAUUACCAAACAUUGAGAUUCAUGUAACAGGUUUAGCUAUGGAGGUUGCUUUAAUAACUGGAUUGGAUUGUCAAUUCAUGUCCAGUGAAAUUAUUCGUAUGUUUCAUGAAGAAGGUGCUGAGGUCCUCGCAGCCAGUUUUUCUAUCAAAGAUGAUACCGUUUUACACACAAUACAUUCAAAGCUUGGAGAGACGUCUGCACCAGAAGAUGAAGCUUCAAGGAUAUCGGAGAGGCUAAAGAAGUUUGUGUACGGUGGUGUUAGUUAA